AUGGCCUCUCACUCUCUCCUCGUCAUCGGCGCCGGCGGCCGCGAGCACGCGCUCGUCUGGAAGCUCUCGCGCUCGCCUCUCGUCGCUAAGAUCUUCGUCUGUCCCGGGAACGGCGGCACCUCCCUCGAGCCCAAGGCAUCCAAUGUCGACAUCUCGCCCUCCGACUUCCCGGCGCUCGUAGAUUUUGCUGUUAAAAAUGAGGUCACUCUCGUCCUCCCAGGGCCUGAACAGCCUCUCGUCGAUGGAGUUGAGUCCCACUUCCGCAAAGUGGGUAUACCCGUUUUCGGGCCUAGUGCGCUCGCCGCGCGCAUGGAGGGAUCAAAGGCAUUCUCCAAGACAUUCAUGGAGCGCCAUAACAUUCCGACUGCCAAGUUCAAGACCUUCAAGUCGUCCGAGUUCGAUCAGGCCAUCAACUAUGUCAAGACAUGUGGUUUCAAGGUUGUCCUCAAAGCCGACGGUUUGGCCGCUGGAAAAGGCGUUCUUCUGCCAGAUACGAUUGAGGAGGCGAUCGCGGGUCUGCAGGAGAUCAUGGUGGACAAAGUCUUUGGCGCGGCAGGGAGCGAGGUCGUUAUCGAGGAGCUCCUGAUCGGCGCGGAAGUCUCUGUGCUCGCCUUCUCGGAUGGCUACACAAUCGUUCCGCUGCCUGCAGGGCAGGACCACAAACGCAUCGGCGAGGGUGAUACUGGUCCAAACACUGGUGGUAUGGCCAUCAUGGAUCGUAUCCGAGCAGAGGCUCUCCAACCCACGAUCGACGGCAUGCGAAGGGAUGGCUACCCUUUCGUCGGCUUGCUUUUCACAGGCUUUAUGAUCACCACAAACGGGCCCAAGGUCCUCGAAUACAACGUCAGAUUCGGCGACCCUGAAACCGAGGCACUGAUGCUCCUGCUUGAGCCCGAGAUAGACCUGACGGCGAUCCUUCUCGCAUGCGUCGAACGCCGGCUCGACGCGGUAGAAGUCAAGACCAGGCCCGGUUGCGCUGUUUCCGUCGUCCUUGCGUCGGGGGGCUAUCCUGGUAACUAUGCCAAGGGUAAGGAAAUCUCCGUCGGAGAGAUGCCAAACGACGUUGUGGCUUUCCAUGCCGGCACCGUUGACGACAACGGCAAGAUUCUGACUUCGGGCGGUAGGGUGAUCUGCGUCACUGCUUAUGCGCCCACAUUGAGGGAGGCGUUGGAUUCGGCCUAUGCCGGUGUCCAGAAAAUCUCAUUCGAAGGUAUGGUCUACCGCCGUGACAUUGCUCAUAGAGCCUUGUCGGCGUCUGCCGAGGCUCCCAAGGGUCUCACCUAUGCGCAGGCUGGUGUCUCCGUGGAUGCUGGGAACGCGCUUGUGGAAGCUAUCAAGCCGUUCGUACGUGCAACACGUCGCCCCGGCGCGGAUGCAGAAAUCGGCGGUUUUGGCGGCGCCUUUGACCUCAAAGCCACCGGCUACAAGGACCCCGUGCUAGUGAGCGGGACGGACGGCGUCGGAACCAAGCUGCGCAUCGCAUUGGAAGCAGGCAUACACGAGUAUGUCGGUAUCGACCUCGUUGCCAUGUCCGUGAACGACCUGCUCGUGCAAGGCGCGGAGCCGCUGUACUUCCUCGACUACUUCGCGUGCAGCAAGCUCGAUGUACAGACGGCCGCCAAAGUGAUCAAGGGCAUCACAGACGGCUGCAUCGAAGCCGGCUGCGCGCUCAUAGGCGGCGAGACGGCGGAGAUGCCUAGCAUGUACGAAGGAGACGACUACGACCUCGCCGGCUUCGCGGUAGGCGCGGUCGAGCGGGAGAAGAUCCUCCCACAGGCGACCAUCGCGUCCGGAGACGUGCUGCUCGGCCUGCCGUCGUCCGGGCUGCACUCGAACGGCUUCUCGCUCGUCCGCAAGGUGGUCGCGCUCUCCGGGCUCUCGUACGCGGACCCGUGCCCGUGGGCGGCGGACGUGACGCUCGGGCGGGCGCUGCUCGAGCCGACGCGGAUCUACGUGCGCGGGGUGCUGCCCGCGGCGCAGGCGGGGCUGCUCAAGGGCAUGGCGCACAUCACCGGCGGGGGCUUCACGGAAAACGUGCCGCGGGUGCUGCCCCGGGGCAUGGGGUGCUUUAUCGAUGCAUCAUCGUGGGAGCUGCCGCCCGUGUUCCGCUUCCUGAUGCUGCACGGCGGCGUCGAGCCCCGCGAGAUGGCCCGCACGUUCAACAACGGCCUCGGCAUGGUCCUCGUCGUCGCCCCGGACGCCGUCGACCGUGCGCUCGAAGCCCUCCACGCCGCAGGCGAGGCGGGCGUGGUCCGCAUCGGAGAGGUCACUGCCGCCCCCGGCGUCGAGAUGCGCAACCUCUCCGCGUGGGCGUAG